AUGGCACAAUCCACCGCCCACAGGCGCCUCCUCCAGGAAUACCGCGCCCUCACAAACAGCCCCCCCGAGGGCAUCACCGCCGGCCCCAUCUCCGAGGACGACCUCCUCCACUGGGAAUGCCUCAUCCAAGGACCCGAGGGCACGCCCUUUGAGGGCGGCAUCUUCCCUGCCGAGCUCAAGUUCCCCAAGGACUACCCGCUCGCGCCCCCGACCAUGAAGUUCCUCGCCGACAUGUGGCAUCCAAACGUAUACCCCAGCGGCCUGGUGUGCAUCUCCAUCCUCCACCCGCCCGGCGACGACCCGAACCACUACGAGCACGCCUCGGAGCGCUGGUCCCCGAUCCAGUCCGUCGAAAAGAUCCUCAUAUCCGUCAUGAGCAUGCUCGCCGAGCCCAACGACGAGAGUCCCGCCAAUGUGGAAGCCGCCAAGAUGUGGCGAGAGCGCCGGGCAGACUACGAAAAAAAGGUUCGCGAUGGCGUCAGGCGCAUGCUGGGCUUAUAA